GAGUGAACCCCCUUCCAACAACAACAUGGUUAAACCUAUUACCGUCUGGUUGACCCUCCCUGGACCAAAUCCAUGGAUAGUCAUUGUCAUCCUCGAGAAACUGCAAGUCCCGUAUGUCAUCGAAUCGUUCAAAUUCGAAGACAUGAAGAAAGCCCCCUUCAUCAAUAUCAACCCCAACGGUCGGGUCCCAGAGUCUGGAGCAAUCAUUCAAUAUUUGGAGGUGUACGAUAAUGAUAAGAAACUCACCUACGACUCGUAUCUACAUCCUCAAAUGAGCGGACAGGGCCCAUAUUUUGGGCAGUGCGGAUGGUUCAACGUCCUAAAUCACGAAAAGCUUCCUUCCGCCAUUGAUUGGUACGCCAAAGAGGUCCAUCGUGUGUUGAGCGUUCUUGAUACGAUUUUUGAAGGCAAGGAAUGGCUUGUUGGGGACAAAUGUACAUUUGCAGACCUAACAUUCCUCCCCUGGAAUACACGCCUUAACAUGGCCUUGCUUACUCCGUCCGGGGAAGAUCCCUUGGCGCCAUACCCGAACGUGCAGGCAUGGCAGAAGCGUAUGGAGAGCAGGUCUUCGUGGCAAAAGGCCAUGGAAAUUCGGUGGAACCUAAUGGAGGAGCAAGGACUGCAACCAAAUGGUAUACCGAAGGGUAUCAAGGAUUUUCAAGAGUACCAGCAGUACAUAGCCAACGUUAUCGAGCAGCAGCAGUGCUAG